AUGACAGUAAUAGCUCCAAUUUUAGCAGAAAAUGGCGAGAGCAAAGUGAGCUCAGUAGAAGUGCCAAAGGAUUUCUUGAUUGCCGAGGUAGUGGUGGCAUUUCCAGGUGAAAACAGUGAUAAUGUCGAAGAUGAAAGGGCGCUGCACUCUCCUCAUUGA